CAAAGGUAUUUUUAUUUCAAAAUAAGCAUGUUUUGCUUCUAAAAAAUCAAAUAUGUUCAAUUAUCAUCCACAUACAACUUAAACGUUUCAUGGUGCUUCCACAUGUAUUUCAACUGAUUUGCGUUGUGAAACCUUCGCGGUAUAGUUUCUCCCAACUCCCCUCUUUGCACCUUCGGCUCCUGAUGGAUAACUCAAUUUUUGGACUUCCCUCUGUUUUUAAAUUAUUUCAUCGCUCUUACCCCUAGUAUUCCCCUUUAACUCUUUAUCUCGUCCGGAUCUCCCACAAAUGAUGGCCAAGCGCCCCGACCACUGGGGAGCGUCCAAGGCCCUCAGCACCGGAAUCCCUUCCCUAGCCUGUCCGGUAUCUGACCCCUUGUCUCUCUUCUAAGUGGCUCCUGCAAUCCAACAAUGCUUUCGUCCGACUGCUUUUCCCUUGCGCGGUUGGGUAAGUGGCGCUACCGAAAUGCAGGAACCCGCAGCUACUGCUACAGUCGCCCAGAGGAUUUUAACUCCAGCCUCCGCUGCUUCCCGAAAAGUCCAGCUCCUUAUAAGGAGUAGGAACGAAUCACGUGGAGCCUUCUCAGGCUAAACUCCGGUGGCAGAUUUAGUGAAAGCGUGAGGCGAGGAAGAGAUAAGCCAAAGUGACUUGAAGUGGGUGGGGACGGCAAUCGCGGGCAAACAAGCAGACAAGCCGCGCAGCCCUGGAGAGAAUCCCUCUUGGGACUGCCGAGCCGAAUAUGGAAGAGUUGUAUCCUUCGUACAGCCGGAGCCCUGUCUGGGAAGAGAUGGAAUCGGAAAAGGCGGCGGCGGGGGCAAUGGCGGGCCUAGCGCCGGGGGUCCAGCACCAGGCGCACGGAGCCGGUCCGGGAGCGGCAGCGGCCGCCGGAGAUGAGUCGUCCGACAGCGAUGGAGAGCACGAGGGGCCGCAGAAACUCAUCCGCAAAGUGUCCACCUCCGGGCAAAUCAGGAGCAAGACAAGUAUAAAAGAAGGAUUCUUACUGAAGCAAACCAGUUCAUUUCAGCGAUGGAAAAGAAGAUACUUCAAGUUACGUGGACGGACACUUUACUAUGCCAAGGAUUCAAAGUCCCUUAUAUUUGAUGAAGUGGACUUGUCUGAUGCAAGUGUUGCUGAAUCAAGCACGAAAAACGUCAACAACAGCUUCACGGUAAUUACACCAUUCAGAAGACUAAUUCUUUGUGCUGAGAAUCGAAAAGAGAUGGAAGACUGGAUCUCUUCAUUAAAAUCUGUACAAAGUAGAGAACACUACGAGACGGCACAGUUUAAUGUGGAGCAUUUCUCAGGAAUGCAUAACUGGUAUGCCUGCUCCCAUGCUCGUCCUACAUUCUGUAAUGUUUGCCGGGAAAGCCUAUCUGGUGUCACCUCUCAUGGACUCUCCUGCGAAGUUUGUAAGUUCAAGGCCCACAAGAGAUGUGCUGUGAGGGCAAUCAACAACUGCAAGUGGACAACCCUGGCAUCUAUAGGGAAAGAUAUAAUCGAGGAUGAGGAUGGGAUCGCCAUGCCUCAUCAGUGGCUUGAAGGUAACCUACCUGUUAGUGCCAAGUGUGCUGUCUGUGACAAGACGUGUGGCAGUGUGCUCCGCCUACAGGACUGGAGAUGUCUCUGGUGUAAAGCCAUGGUGCACACUGCCUGCAAAGAAUUAUAUCCUCGAAAAUGUCCCCUGGGCCAGUGCAAAGUGUCCAUCAUUCCUCCCACUGCGCUGAAUAGCAUUGAUUCCGAUGGGUUUUGGAAGGCCAGUUGCCCGCCGUCUUGCGCUAGCCCCCUCUUAGUCUUUGUUAACUCGAAGAGUGGAGACAAUCAAGGAGUCAAGUUCCUUCGAAGAUUCAAGCAGUUGUUAAAUCCAGCCCAGGUGUUUGAUCUUAUGAAUGGGGGACCUCAUCUUGGUUUACGAUUGUUUCAAAAAUUUGACACUUUCCGUAUCCUAGUUUGUGGAGGAGAUGGAAGUGUUGGGUGGGUGCUAUCUGAGAUUGAUAAAUUAAAUCUGCACAAACAGUGUCAGCUUGGAGUUCUACCACUGGGAACAGGGAAUGACCUGGCACGAGUCCUUGGCUGGGGAGGAUCGUGUGAUGACGACACACAGCUCCCACAGAUCCUUGAAAAAUUGGAGCGGGCCAGCACCAAAAUGUUAGACAGAUGGAGCAUUAUGACGUAUGAAAUAAAAAUACCACCAAAACAUUCCUUGGCAGUGACCCCAGAGGAGGAUGCUGAGGAAUCCCAAUUUCAGAUAUCAGCGUAUGAGGAUUCAGUUGCUGCUCACCUAACCAAGAUUCUCAACUCUGACCAACACUCAGUUGUUAUAUCUUCUGCCAAAAUUCUGUGUGAAACUGUGAAAGACUUUGUUGCCAAAGUUGGUAAAUCGCAUGAAAAGACCAAUGAAAAUACAGAAGAGAGUGAAACACUGGCAAAUAAAUGUCUGGUACUGAACGAGAAGCUGGACUCGCUGCUGCAGACCCUCAGUGAUGAAUCACAAGCCACGACAAGCCACCACUGCUCAACGCCACCCAUCGAAGAGGAGGAAGGUGAAGAAGAAGAGUUCAGUGAAGAAUCCUUAUCUGAGCAGCCGGUGGAAAGCAUCCCAGCACGGUCUUCCACCCCAAAGUUCUUCAAAUCCAGGGAGCAACUUAUGCUUCGGGCAAACAGCCUGAAAAAAGCAGUGAGACAAAUCAUUGAACAAGCAGAGAAAGUUGUGGAUGAACAGAAUGCGCACACCCAAGAACAGGCUGAAGUGGAACUGAAAAAGGACAUUGAGGAGGUCUUGAAAGAGGAAGAAAAGGAGGAAGAUGAGACGAAGGAAACAGAUAUUCAACCAACUUUCCGGUCUGGUCAGAGAUCCCCUCCAGAGAGACGAAUCCAUCGCACCACCACUUCCUACACUGGUCCAUUUACAACCUCACCAUUAACUGCUAGCAAAGAAAAUCUCCCAGUGCUGAAUACCAGAAUCAUCUGCCCAGGUUUACGAGCUGGACUUGCUGCCUCCAUCGCUGGAAGCUCAAUCAUCAGCAAAAUGUUACUAGCGAACAUCGAUCCUUUUGGAGCCACCCCAUUCAUUGACCCUGAUCCAGACUCUCUAGAAGGCUACGCCGAAAAGUGUGUUAUGAACAAUUAUUUUGGAAUUGGAUUAGAUGCCAAAAUCUCCUUGGAAUUUAACAACAAGCGUGAGGAGCAUCCUGAGAAAUGCAGAAGCCGGACGAAGAAUAUGAUGUGGUAUGGUGUCCUUGGCACCAAGGAAUUACUCCAGCGAACCUAUAAGAACUUAGAACAAAAGGUGCAGCUUGAGUGUGAUGGACAAUACAUUCCUCUACCCAGUCUCCAAGGGAUUGCUGUACUAAACAUCCCAAGCUAUGCUGGAGGAACUAACUUCUGGGGUGGAACAAAAGAGGAUGAUAUUUUUGGUGCUCCCUCAUUUGAUGACAAGAUCUUGGAAGUUGUUGCUGUAUUUGGAAGUAUGCAGAUGGCAGUAUCAAGAGUUAUCAAACUUCAACAUCACAGAAUAGCUCAGUGUCGGUCUGUGAAGAUCACCAUUCUGGGAGAUGAGGGUGUUCCAGUACAGGUAGAUGGAGAGGCGUGGAUCCAACCACCUGGAGUUAUCAAGAUCGUACACAAAAAUAGAGCACAGAUGCUGACAAGAGACCGAGCAUUUGAGAGCACCUUGAAAUCUUGGGAAGACAAAAUGCGGUAUGACUCCUGUAGGCUGGCGCUCCGGCCCCACUUGUACCCCCAGCAGUCGGUGGACCUGGCCACGGAGGAGGAGGUCACUCAGCUGCAGCUCUGUGCGCAGGCAGCUGAAGAGCUCAUAACAAGAAUCUGCGAGGCAGCCAAGACCCACAGCCUCCUGGAGCAAGAACUAGCUCAUGCAGUCAAUGCAAGUUCUCAUGCAUUAAACAAAACCAAUCCAAAGUUCCCCGAGAAUCUUACCAGGAACACAGCUAUUGAGAUUGCCAGUAAUGUGAAAGCCCUGCAUAAUGAGACAGAAUCAUUGCUUGUUGGAAGAGUUCCACUGCAAUUAGACUCGCCUCAGGAAGAGCAGCUGUCAACAGCACUGCACCUCGUGGACAUUGAACUGCAAAAGCUUGCAGAAGUUCCAUGGCUUUACCAUGUGCUGCAGCCAACAGCUGAAGAGGAUCAUUCACUGGAAUUUGCCAAAAGAAACAGUCGAAGUGCUAUGUUCCGAAUUGUGCCAAAGUUUAAGAAAGAGAAAACCCAAAGGCAUAAGGCAGCCCCUCAGCCAGUUCAGAAAUGGGGCACAGAUGAAGUUGCUUCUUGGCUGGAGCUGCUCAGCUUGGGAGAAUACAAAGAACGCUUCAUCCGUCAUGACAUCCGAGGUUCUGAGCUAUUGCAUCUGGAAAGGCGUGAUCUGAAGGAUCUGGGGAUAACGAAAGUGGGCCACAUGAAGCGAAUUCUCCAGGGAAUUAAGGAUCUUGGCAAAAACACUUCCAUACCAGAAGUGUAGCUAUUCUGGUGCUAUCUCAGAAAAUAGUGGAGUGCUGUCUGGACUUUCCUAAGAGGUCUCAGAAUCGUAUUAUGUUUUGCAAGAUAUCUGCUCUGCAGGAUUUGUGAUCUCGCAGCCAUCACUGCGUGCAAUGUUCAGGUGUUUGCUUCAAUUAAUGUGUUCUUUUCUAAACUUAAACUGUUGUGAGUUUUGCUGAGGGUUGUGUGCUAAUGCAACAAUCCUCAACAUCGACAAGUCCUAAUAUGCAUUGGUAAACUUGAGUUUACAAUGAACUGCAUAACCCUCCUGGAAACUAGGAUGCUGCAAAAUGGUAAAUACAGGUGCAAAAUAUUUCAGGACUUCCUUCUGCGAGGGCCGUAGAUCCAAAAACGGCUUGUUUUUUCACAUAACAUAUCAAUUUAAUGCAGACAAUUGUCUAUAUUGCUUUAGAAGGCAGAAUUGAUUUGUAUCCUAUAUGUUUUUUUUGGAGUCGACUCAUAAUCAGUGUUUCUUGACCCGUGAAUAUGGUGUAUGGAACAUAUCACUUGAUGGCCAAGGUGUCUAAUUUAGACGACUGAAGUAGGAAAGACAUGCAGUUCAGCAUGCAUGUAGAUUCUCCCGCAUGGUGUGCCUGCUUGAACUUUCUCUAUAGGAUUGCAUGAUAUAUGCCUAAUGCUUUUAAAAAGAGAAACACUUGAACAAGUUUUAUAUUUGUUUAAUAGUUCGUAACUUAUUACUACUGAUGUGUUUGUUAAUGAAAAGUUAUUUCUGCUGCUCUGUGUUAAACUUUGCAUGAGCACAUUUCUUUGACAAGGACUGGUUCACGGAAGUUAUGCCACCUUAUCCAGAAAGUGGCAAUCAAUGCACCUUCUUGUUUGAGGGGGAUUCAGUGGCUGUAUGAUUAAAGAUGAACAAGAAUAGUAGUGACAAGGCAGGACUUAUCUGGAGUGUCUCCAUGAUGGUAUGAAUGAAAGUAAAAGUUCACUGGCAAUGCAUGAUUUUGGAAUAUCAUGGGCAUGAAAAAGAAUUAUUGCAUUUCUGACCGUGACAGCCAUACAGGCUCGCAAGAGCACUUGAGUUGUCCCUCAUUGCCAACAAGUAAAAUCUUCUUAAACAUUAAUUCUCUGUGAACCUCUGCUAAAUAGUUAUUUGGAGACCUGAUUCAGCCUAUGUAAAUUCCACAGCAUGGAAGGUGAUUUUUCAUAUCUGUCUACCUCUCUGACAGAACUAUCCAAUUGGUUCAACUUCCCUAAUAUUUUUUUCUUUUUGACGUCGAUAUUCAACUGCCAUUUUUAAAGUUCCUAUUGUAUCCACAUCUUCUGCUCUAUCAGACAGAAUAUUGUUAAAUCAGAUUUGUCUUUAAAAAGAGAAAAUUCUUUCAUCUUCCCCCCUUUUUGUCAAAUAUCUUAAAUUGGAGCUGAUAAGAAUAUUUUAGGUGUGUUUAAUAUUCCUACCAGAUGCCUAUUUUCAUCAUCAUUGUUCUUGUUAUCACUGUGAUUUUCAAAUUUCCUCAAUAUGCUUUCAAGUUCUGACUAUUGCCUAAGCUCUGGUCUCGAAUGAGCCUACACUUCUUCCUGGUUAGUAUUAGGAGGCUGAACCCAUUGAUUCCAUCAAACAGCUUGGCUGCCAUCUCUGGAAGAAUAAAAUUCUCUGUAACACCAACCUCUUAUUAGGGUAGAGAGCUUUUGAUUUUUCAUCACAAAGACCACUAAUCCCUAAAUUAGAAGACCAUAAGACAUAGGAGCAGGAUUAGACCAUUUUGGCUCAUCGAUUCCUCUGCCAUUCCAUCAUGGCUGAUUUAUUAUCCUUCUCAACCACAUUCUCCUGCCUUCUCCCCAUAACCUUUAACACCUUAUUAAUUAAGAACCUCCGCUUUAAAUACACCUAAUGACUUGGCUUCCAUAGCCAUCUGUGGGAAUGAAUUCCAUAGAUUCACCACCCUUUGGCAAAAGGAAUUCCUCCUCAUCUCUGUUCUAGAGGGAUGUUCUUCUAUGCUGAGGCUGUGCCCUCUGGUCCUAGUCCUCACACACUAUAUGAAACACCCUCUCUGCAUCCACUCUGUCUAGGUCUUUCAAUGUUUGAAACGUUUCAAUGAGAUACCCCCAUCCCCCUCAACCCCAUUCUGAGUACAGGCUCAGAACCUUCAAACGUUUGUCAUGCAUUAACCCUUUCAUUCCCAGGAUUGUUGAUGUAAACCUCCUCUGGACUCUCCAAUGCUGGCACAUCCUUUCUUAGAUAAGGAGCCCAGAAAUACUCAAAAUAUUCCAAGUGCAGUCUGACCAAUGCCUUAUAAAGCCUUAUACGUCAAAUGCCAACUCCUCUCCGGUUCAGGUUCAUCAUUCGCUAAAACCUCUUGAUACAAGCCUUCCAAGUGGUCUCCAAAAUAGUAGCCUGUAUCCUAUUCCACACUACAUUUUACCUUCCUGUUGCUCAUCAAACAGUUGAAAUUUAAAGUUCCCAUCCUUUAAUACCUUCACUUCUCCCUAUUUUUGUAACAUCCUUUGCCAAUAUAAUGCACUACAAAUUCCAGUGAUUCAUACUUCCACAUCUCCCUUUGCCCCAUCAUGAGCAAUGUACCUGCAACAGUUCUGACAAAGGUCAUCAACCUGAAACAAUAACUCUGUUUCUAUCCCCAAAGAUACCACCUGAACUUUGGAGUAUUUAUAGCAGUUCCUGUUUUUGGUUUAGAUUUGCAGCACUUGCAGUCUUGCUUUCAGCAUUCAAGGUUUGGUCUCUCAAAUUGCCUCUAUUUCUCUGUUUAUAGUAUUUGUACUACAACUUUAUUCCAAGAUUAUGCCUUCAAAAAAUAUACAUUUGUUCUAAGCAUCAGUUUUAAUCUUACGUUGUCCCUAUAGUAUGUGCAUGUGUUUUGCACAUUAGUGACAGUAGAUUAUUUCAUUAUUUACAUUUCUACUAAUGUGCAAUGAGGUCAUCUUGCAAUAAUGGCUUGGGAAGUUCUUUACCAGGAAGGGCAGAACUUAAAAUGUGCCCUGUUGGUUUACAGACACCACGUGGAUCCGAGAAAGCGAGACCUUGAUUUUCUAAUGUGAACCAAGUUGUAGAGUGGAAUAUGUGUUUUUUAACAAGAAUAACAAAUCCUCAUUAUUAUAUUAAUUAAUCUUCUUACAAAGCUUGUUUAUAUAGAACUUUAACAUAUAAAAUGCAUUGACCUAUAUUACCAUAUUUAAUGAGAUGUACUGCCCUCUUUGAUAGGUGUUAUAGAAAAUUUAUAUAGAAAGGACAAUGGGAAGCUGAAACCAGAUGAAUGUUGGUCUUAAUAUUGAAUAAUUUAUACUCACCCAUGUUCAAAAUAUCUUCCCCAUGAUUGAAGUCUAAACACUUUAUGCAUAUUCUGUAAAUUAGUUCCUUUUUGCAGGUGUCCCCUACACUACUAGACAAAAGAUUUUAUUCUAGUUUUAAAGUAUAUCAUGCAUAGCUGAAUCAAUUUCAGUUGUUCAGCCCUUUACUAAACUCAGAUCCUAUUCAAAGACCAUCUCUUGAUCCUUGUGUUAUUUACCACCAGGAGGUCACUUCAUUAGGGAGAGCUUAAACCAUUAUAAGGGUACCCAUUCUCACUGGCAACUGGGCCCUAACAAUCAAAGUUGUGGUCAGGAAAUAUUAGUUGUAUAUCUUCUGAAACUUAAGCUUACAAGAGUGAUAGACCUUGGCUUUCCUCAGGGCAGAGAUUGGGAGGAGGUGAGCGAAAGUCAUGUUUCUGCUGUUACAACCAGCUUCAAGAGCUCAGAGUCAUGACAGAGAAUAGACGUUUUGCAAUCUAAACAAGCUGAGUGUGCUCAUGGUUGUAGAUCGAAUAAGGACAAGUUAGGAAUCAGCUGCCCUAACACUAGUCUGAAAAUCUGCUCGCAUUGAAAUUGAUGUUUGCUGUGAGCUCAGUGUUUGUCAGUACCGUUAAUGAAACUUGAUCCGAUUAUCCUCCCUUAAAAAACUGAAGGAAAAAGAAACCCAAAAGAAUAUACAGUUAUUGAAAAGAGGCAACAAACCUGAGCAACAUAAUACUGUUGGGAUUUUAAUUGAUAACAGCUUCUACACUUCAGUGGGAAAUCUAGCUGUUGCUGUUGGCAGUUUGCUAUAGACUGUAAUCUGUAUUCUGAUACUGGAGCUAGGUGUGGUGUGGAAGCACAGAUCUGCCCCAAAUGCCUUGUACUUGCACUCACUGAGGAGCCUUGAACUGGAUGAGAAAAGGUGCCACUUGUCAUUUGAAUGGAAGGAAAUUAGAGUACCUCAGGUCUGUUAUUUAAUGGGGAAAAAAAAGAAUUUUAGUCACUCUUGGUUUAACUUUAUUUUUAAUCUUUCUAAACAUGUUUAGAUCUUGUGGUCUAUUUAUACUAAUUUUGGAGUAUUUGAUGUCGAGUAUUAGUGUUUUGGAGUAUUUCAGCUUUUUUUUAGGUACCUUCUGCAGUUUUUGAAGUUUUCAAAUGAUUUUAAAAUCUCUGAGACUUUCAGAAACAUUCAGUUUUCAAAAUGGUUUGAUGGGGCUAGAACAAGGAUUUCAACUUCGCUGAUUCUCAGAGGCCAUUCAGAGGCAAGGUUUAUUUUGACCAUCAACAUUUAUCCGACUACAGUACAGAAGCUCCUUCUGCACAAGGUCUUGUCACCAAGCGUUCCACUUAAUGGUUUCUGGAUGUUUCUGUGGCAAGGGUCAGCAAAGUGUGAUUUUUUUGUUCAAAUGUCAGCUUUGACCUGAUUGUAUGCCCACUGACCAUAAAAUCUAGGUUACAGGUGUGCAGAAAUCCAUGUGCAAAGGGAUGUUUUCAGAGCGUUGGGUAUUGAGUUGAGUAGGGUAAAGACUGGAAUAUGCUUGGACCACAUCUGUGAGAAGAGCUUACCUUUCAAAGGAUUUCAUCUUGUGUGAGCAUGCGGUCAAAUCUCAGUACCAUUGUUGAGUCUCAUCCAAUCCUCCAGCAAAUAGACGGUAUAUAGCACCUAUGGAUAGUGUAGAGUAGUGCAUAAUUCAGCGUUCUAACACCAACCUUAAUAUUGCUGGACAGAGAAAACAGAACAUGGCACCAUCUGCCCCCCUGCUCAGAAUUUGACCAGCUCAUUUAUUAACAAGUCAUCUCAAGCUUUUGCAUCUCCUAGACACAGUAAAUCCCACCUGACUAACCAAACUACUGUCAAGGACACCUUGUGCAGGCAAAGAAACAUGGCAAUGUCAGAAUCCGGAGCCAAAAUUCUUUGCAAGCAUAUCGUUUACAAGUUUCCAUGCCAAAGAAAAAUGUAAAUGUGGUAAGAAUAGUGUGCCAAACGAACAGUGGGAUCUACUACCCCAUCUACUUCUGUCAUCAAGAUUUCAGUCAUUACCAAAUCCAGUAACCACAAAAUUUGCAUCUUUUUCAAGGAUUUCCCUGGAUUUCAUCCAAUGGCUAAGUUAAUAUUUACACAUGGGGAAAAAAGGAAUUCAGAAUAUCUGCACACUUCAGCAACAAAAAAUCCAUAUCAUACUGUUAUACUGUGAGCAUUUCUAUAAACUAAUUGAACAACACUCCAAGUGGUUCCUAUUCAGCCUUGAUAAAGAUGGCUGUGCUUGAAUAACAAAUAACGCUUGUAGGGGAAAGAGCAAUCAUUUGGCCCAUUGGAAUGCGUCAAAAUUUAUUUGGUCGAGGGCAAGGAUAAGAAUGGAAAUAAAGGCUCCCUGCUGCAGUCUUCCAAUUAUCCUAGUGUGAAAGUAUUGCCAGAGAGCAAGACUAUUACAGCCCCUGGCACUGCACUAAUACUGUUCAAAACAAGGAGAGAGAGAUGAACCAUGCCUCUAUUAGUCUUAACACUGGUGAUGGGAAAAUUUCAAAAAGUAUAAUCCAGGAUAAAAUUAAUUUUUGCAGAUAAAGAAGUGCUGAUAAAUAUGACAAACAAUUGUAAUCUUCAGUGAAAUAGCAGGGUAAGUUAAUGUGCGUGUGGACUUUCAGAAUGCAUUUCAUAAAGUAUUUUACGAUAGAUUUGUUGGUGAAAUUGAAGGAGUUAUGACUAAAAGUUACAGUAUAUAAUUGUCUAAAAGGAGCGAACAAUUUUGUUGACAGGCUUUCAGUAACAGUGUAGAGCCCUUGAGCUGAUACAGAACCCACUGUAUGUUUUGAUCUAGAUUUAGGUAUAAAAGGAAUUUUUUUCAAAAUUUACAGAUGAUAUUGAAAUGGGAAGCACUAUAAAUGGUUGCUGCCAAUCAUAUUAUAUCAAACAAUAAUCCAGACAAAAGUAAUUAGAUAGUGGCAGAUUUGAGGACAAAUUCUGGGAAAUUAUCAGAUAUUCAGUAAUAGCAUUGAGAAGUUCAGUGAGAAAAGUCAACAUAGUGGAAAUUACAUUUUAAAAGGAUGCAGGAACAGAGUGGAAAGGUGCACACACAUAGAUCUUUGAAUUUGGCUACUGAUAUGGGAUCAUUACCUUGAUAGAUAUAUGGAUAAGGAACAAAAGAAAGAAGAUUAUGGCAAAUAGAAAUACUUCCAUGAGAUUCAGCUAAAAUAUUACUUCCAAUUCUAGGCACCCAAAAAUUGCUAAAAUAGCACCAUGAUUGUGAUUAAAAUGUGAUUUACCUGAGAGUUUGAAGGAGUAGAUAAGGAGCAAUGUUUCUACUAACAAGGAGACUGGGAUCAAUGACUAGUGGGCACUUUUGAAAGAGUGGGACUAACUUGGUUAGCCAUUUCAGAGAGCCUUAGUAAGCACAAUUGGGCAAUCACAAAUAACCUUCCUUCAUGCUGUAAAGUUGUGCAAAACUGGACUCUGAAGUGGAACUCUGUUUCGUAUUCAGUGGAGUCAUAGUGGACACUACACAUUAUUCUUCCAUUGCUUUCUACUUUUCUAAUAAAGCUAAAGACCCACUUUAAAUAAAUAAUUGAUAUCUCCAUUUAAGGCAGGAGUUUUACUUUAACCAUUUGCUCUGUUGGAAUAUUUUGAUGUUCUGCUGCGGCACCAUGUGACAAGUAAAAAUAGUGAAAUUGAUGUGAGAUUUAAGUUACUGUAUCAUUCAUGAGAAAGGAAAGCAAAUUAACACAUUUUAUGACCUCAAGAUGUCCCAAAGUGCUUUAAAAUCAUACAAAAACGUAUAGCGGUCCAGCUACUGUUGAAAGGUGGUAGCCAAUUUGUGCAAUAGUAUAAUCAUAUAAUUAUCUAGUUGAAAGAUAACUAUUGGCCAAAUCACCCUCAGAUGUUGCUGUGGGAUUUAAGAAUCAUCUGAGAUAGAAGAUAAAACUUCCAUUUAAUGUCCCACCUGAAAGCAUCUUUAAUGGAACACCAUUUCCUUGGUUCUGCACUGACAGUAGCAAUUUCAUCUCUGGAAUAAGACUUGAAUGAAAACCUUCUGUUUCAGAGGCAAUCAGAGCCUAACUAUCUGCUAUCUGAUCCACAGUACCUGUGGGACCCUGUGGAUCCUGGGGUAAAGGACAAAAUAUUGUGCACUUCUGGUUAAUGUUUUAAACUGAGUAGGAAUCUCAAACAUUAGUGCUGCUCAGUUUUUUUAAAUGAAUCACCUGAUUGUUCCACAUAGUAUCCUGCUGCUAGCAAGGUUGUCUUUCCAAAACAAGUUGCUGAAAAGGAUGAACUGUUAGAAAGUUUGUUGCACCAGAAGGGAUUAGUAUCUGACAUUGUAACCUUAGAAUUUAUUUGAUGAGUUUUUACAGCGUUGAUCCAUUGUUACAACAGUAAAAGGUGUAGCUCAGGGGAUUAGAAAUAAGAUAAAGUGAAACAGUAGGCGGCAUAUUAAUAAAAGAAGCACAAUUAUAAUUAAUCCUAAUUGUACACCAUUUCAACCCCAACUCUCCAGGAUCAAGUGCUAUGAUCCCAGACUGUCUGAGAUUACUUUUUCCAGGCUGAACUGGACAAGAGAGAGCCAGGCUAUUAUGGUACUGAGUGGGAAUGUAUAUUCAAGUGUAACUUGCUGCUGAACAUGUAAAGGAGACCCAUGGAGAAUAUGGACACUAAAUCUUUUGAACCCCAAUCUACCUGUUCCAGAUAAUUGUUGAAAGAUGGUCAUAAUAUAGCAACACAUUCAUAACUAAAUUCCUAGAAAUAAACAGACAUUUCUGUGCCCAGCUUUGCCUGGGUCAGAAGCAGAUAACUGCACUGAAUUUUCAUACCACACAGCAUGAAACUGUACCCAAACAGUUCUCCAUCAAAUUUGCACUUAUCUACGCCAAUAAAAAAACAAUCUUUUUACUAUUCUAUGCAGUCAUUUUGAAAAAUAAAGCCUUAUUACUAGCAGUUUUUACCUGAUUCCCAAAGGUCAAAAUAACAACUUUUUUGCUCCCUCAGGAAGAGAAAUGAAAAGCAACAAUAAGAUGAUCCUUUAUGUCCUUUUACUUUAAUUGAAGUCAGCUUUCCCAGCCACUGUCCCGAGUCUCUGCUGUAAAGGUUGUUCGGUACACAGGAACUGAGAAUGCCAAACAAAACCUAGCUUAGGAUGCACAUUAAAAAUGACAAGGAAGACUAUGUCAUAAGAAAUCUAUUAUGUACUGGGAACAAACUCAAGUUUAUAUUUAUUCAGCAGGGCAGAGAUUUUUUUUUUAACCAGCAGUGGCCAGUCACUUCUUGAAUUUACCUGAAGUGGGAAAUGAUUGCCACAGCUGCUUUUUCACAAUGUGUUUACAAGAAAAAUGUGCAUGUAAAGUCAAAGGUUUUGCUUAUGAUUUUCGAUGGGCUACGUUGCACUAAUACAACUUACCACUGUAAUAAGUAAACGUACCUGUAAAUGUACCUCGAGUAUUUUCCUUCUGCCUAGGAUGUAUUUUAUAUGGUUUGGACUCUCCAUUCUUAGUGCAGCCUCCCUUGAUAUUUGUAAAUAUAAUAAAUUGUGCUGGUAUUCGUAGUAGUGAAGCAUUAAAAAUUGUGACUUUGUUAUUUUUUACUAACUGCUUUCUAGUUCUAUUUAUGGUUGUCUUUAAAUGAAAAUUUAUAACCUAUAUUGGUGUUGCUAAAUCAUUACUUUCUUUGCAGCAAAAGCAGUGCUAUACUUCCAAGCCUCGCCUUAUCAGGAGGCUGUUUUAUACAUUCCUGAACAAUAUUUUCUUAUCCUGUCAGUGGUUAUUAAGGCAUGAAAUAGGGUGUUUAGAAUUUUCAGAGGUAGUUGCACAUUUCUAACAUAAAGAGAAAGGACAAGCCUGUGAUACUGAGAGAAAACGUGGUAACAAAUGUGCACUACGUUACUCGGACAACUUGUAAACCACAGCUUCACUGAGCAGCCUGUGCUCUCAAUUUCAGUCCUAAACAAUAUGUUAGUUAGGUUUAUUACUUGAUAGGAAGUUUAUGCAAAUGUUAUAUAAUUCCCACAUCAACUGUAUACAUUUUAUUUUGCUUUGAUUAGUACUACUUUCUCUACUUUGGCUCAGCCAACCCAUAUCAAAUUUUCCAAUCUGGCACUGACCCUCCUGUAAGGAAGGGUACUCUCCACAUCAGGACAAGCAGAAUAUAGCCUGUGAAUUGAUUAGUACCUUUCCAUACAGGCUGUUAAACAUGGUGAUAGAUUUUUACACAAAAUCAGGGCGCUCAUAUCACCAAGGUAAAUCCUCUGUGUGAAUUGUUCCUGUCGUUUCCUAAUUGGUAUGUUUGGCUUCUUGCUAUUUUUCUUUAUUUUCCUCAAAGAUAACAUUGUCAAAGCCAGAGAUUGAACAGAGAGAUGGUGAUGCUGAACCUGUGGACUAAUUCUGCUGUGGAAACAAUUAAAGCUUUAAACUGCCCAAUACCCUUCCAGUGUCAUUUAAAAGCCAACCUAUAGGCAACAAUUUGUCUUUAUGUAAGGCAAAAGUGAAAUGUCUUUGUUUACAUACUGUUUACAACAGCACAGUUUUAUUUUUAAUAAACAAAAUUUGGAGUAUUUAUUGCGUACUGUUUGGGGAACUAAAGAUGUUUAUGUAAUUCACCCUUUGAAUAUAAUGUUACAUUUACAUAUAGAUAUUUGGGUGAUUUAUUUAUGUAGUUGGUGACUUUAUGACUACUAGAAUAGAUUUUGUUUUUUGUGCCUUUUAUGUUUAAAUGCAUGGUUGAAUAUUUAUUAUUUAGGAAGUUACUCAGAUGUGUAUUUUUAUAUAUUGCUGGAAUUGGUGGUUCAUUUUUGUUGUACAUUAUGAAUCUGCCUUACAGAAAGGCAGUCUGUUAAGCUCUUCCUAACAUUACUCAAUAAAUUCAAAUGCAUUCUC